GAUCAAUUUUUCAAGCUCUCAGUUGAACUGUGUGUAAUGACACGAGGAGCAGCAGCCCAAAACUCAUCCAUUCCACUGUCUUCUAAAAGAACAUUUACACGCAAGACGCAAUUGUGCAAUUUGCAGGACAUUGUAAAUAUUGAAUCUAUUUUUUCAUAUCGGGAAACUUUUCAUGCACGUCUGUGCUACUUUACUAAAAGAGUAAUUUAGGCUAAUAUGACAAAAAUCCUGCUAGCUCACAGCGUUGUUAAAUCUCUGAGACAAGGAUGUGUGGUUGGCAGAAGAGUAGAAAACACGUCGGCAUGGCUGAGAUUUCAAACUACAAAACUGUUUAGUUUGAAGGCCCAGACGGCCCACCUGGUCUUGGAGGAUGGUACCAGAAUGAAAGGAUUUUCCUUUGGGCAUGAUGCCUCUGUAGCCGGAGAACUCGUCUUCAAUACUGGCCUGGUGGGGUAUCCUGAGGCCCUGACUGAUCCCAGCUACAGAGGUCAGAUCCUUACCCUGACCUACCCUAUUGUGGGAAACUACGGGGUACCCAACAGCCAGGAGCUGGACGAGCUGGGCCUUAGAAAACAUUUGGAGUCAGAGCGUAUCCAGGUAUCUGGUCUUCUUGUUCAAGACUACAGUCACGAGUACAGCCACUGGAACUCUGUCAAGUCUUUGGGGCAAUGGCUACAAGAAGAGAAGGUUCCUGCAUUGUUUGGAAUAGACACCAGAAUGCUGACCAAGAUCAUCAGAGACAAGGGCACAGCUUUGGGGAAGAUUGAAUUUGAUGGGCAGCCUGUUGAGAUAUCUGACCCUAACCAGAGAAACUUGGUAGCAGAGGUCUCAACCAAGGAAACCAAAGUUUUUGGAAAAGGAAACCCAAUAAAAGUAGUGGCUGUUGAUUGUGGUAUUAAACAUAACAUCAUUCGCCUGCUGGUUAAGGUGAGAAAGAAUAUAAGAGGGAUUGAAAAAAACAUUUUGGCUGGUGUUGACCCACCUGAAGGACAUCAGAGGACCCCGCUGAACCAUCUGCAGUUUGCCUACCGGGCAAACAGGUCAGUGGAUAAUGCAGUCAACAUGGGACUGCACUACAUCCUGCAACACCUUGACUCCCCAGGGACAUAUGCAAGGAUCCAAUUUGUGGAUUUCAGAUCAGUGUUCAACACCGUCAUCCCAGAAAUCCUCCGCUCCAAACUCCCCCAGCUCACUGUCCCACCUCAAACCUGUAAGUGGAUCACAAACUUUCUGACAGACAGGAGAAAGCAGUUGAGGCUGGAGAAAAUCUCUUCCAGCUUCUGGACCAUUGGUACUGGCGCCCACCAGGGAUGUGUGCUCUCUCCACUGAUCUUCUUCCUCUAUACCAACGACUGCUCCUCAGGAGACCCGCCUGUUAGACUGCCCACUGUGGCUUCCUCCUCCUUUCCUGUCUGCUUCAGAGGCCAGAACCAGCCGGUGCUGAAUGUGAUGACGGGCCAGGCCUUCAUUACGGCGCAGAACCACGGCUACGGCAUAGACAGCCAGUCCUUGCCCCCAGGGUGGAGCCCACUUUUCAUCAACGCCAAUGAUGGCACAAAUGAGGGCAUCAUGCACAACACGAAGCCUGUAUUUACGGCCCAGUUUCACCCGGAGGCUAAAGGCGGUCCCACCGACACAGAGUUUCUCUUUGAUGCCUUUAUGUCCCUGAUCAAGAAAGGAAAAGAUGCCAAUAUAGUUUCAGUGAUGCCUAAGAAACCACAGAUUCCUCCCAGAGCCCAGGUGUCGAAGGUGCUCAUACUGGGUUCUGGUGGUCUGUCUAUCGGUCAGGCUGGAGAGUUUGACUACUCUGGAUCACAGGCCAUCAAGGCCAUGAAGGAGGAAAACCUGAAGACGGUGCUCAUGAACCCAAAUAUAGCCUCUGUUCAGACCAAUGAAGUGGGAACCAAACAGGCCGAUUCGGUCUACUUCCUGCCUGUCACGCCACAAUUUGUAACUGAAGUCAUCAAGACCGAGCGUCCAGAUGGCAUCCUGCUCUCCAUGGGCGGACAGACUGCACUCAACUGCGGAGUUGAAUUAUUCCAGAGUGGUGUCCUGGAGCAGUACGGGGUGAAGGUCCUGGGAACCCCAGUUGAAUCCAUCAUGGCCACAGAGGACAGACAGCUUUUUGCUGACAAACUGAAUGAGAUUAAUGAGAAAAUUGCACCCAGUUUUGCUGUGAAGUUGGUAUCUGAUGCCUUGAAAGCAGCGGAGCAGAUUGGCUACCCUGUGAUGUUGCGAUCUGCCUAUGCCCUUGGAGGACUGGGGUCUGGUCUGUGUGCCAACAAAGAAAAGCUGGAGGAAACUGCACACAAGGCUCUGGCUAUGAGCAGUCAGAUUCUGGUGGAAAAGUCUUUGAUGGGCUGGAAGGAGGUGGAAUAUGAGGUGGUGAGAGACGUGGCUGACAACUGCGUCACUGUCUGCAACAUGGAGAACUUCGACCCACUUGGCAUUCACACAGGUGACUCCAUAGUGGUGGCACCAAGCCAGACAUUGUCCAACGAGGAGUACCACAUGCUCCGUGAGACGGCCAUCAAAGUGGUUCGUCACCUUGGCAUUAUAGGCGAAUGCAACAUCCAGUAUGCCCUACACCCGUCGUUGGAGUACUGCAUCAUUGAGGUUAACGCCCGGCUCUCCAGAAGCUCCGCUCUGGCAUCCAAAGCCACUGGGUAUCCAUUGGCUUUUGUUGCUGCUAAGCUGGCUUUGGGUAUCCCACUACCAGAGAUCAAGAACGCUGUAUCGGAGAAGACCACAGCCUGCUUUGAACCCAGUCUAGACUACAUAGUCACUAAGAUCCCCCGCUGGGACCUGGACCGCUUUCAGGGCAUGUCCCAUGAAAUAGGCAGUGCCAUGAAGAGUGUCGGAGAGGUGAUGGCAGUUGGCCGGACCUUUGAAGAGAGUGUUCAGAAGGCCCUGAGGAUGUGUCAUCCAUCAGUAGAUGGCUUCGUGCCCCGGCUACCACUCAAGAAAGCCUGGGCCGACACACAGGACCUGGAGCAGGAGCUGGCUGUGCCCUCCAUUACCCGCAUAUUCUCCCUAGCCAAGGCCCUCCACAGUGGUAUGAGUGUUGAUCAGAUCCACCAGCUCACGUUCAUAGACAAGUGGUUCCUCCACAAACUCAACAGGAUAACACAGCUGGAGCAGCACCUGGCAAACUACAACAGUGGCACAGUACCUAAGGGGCUGCUGCUGAAGGCCAAGCAGGACGGCUUCUCAGACCGGCAGGUUGGUCAGAUACUGGGCUCCAGUGAGCAAGCAGCCAGAGAGCUGAGGCUCACUCACGGCAUCAAACCCUGGGUCAAACAGAUUGACACCUUGGCAGCAGAGUAUCCAGCCAUGACCAACUACCUGUAUUGUACCUAUCAUGGCCAGGAGAAUGAUCUGGACUUUAAAGACCAGGGAAUUAUGGUUCUUGGUUGUGGGCCCUACCACAUUGGGAGCAGUGUUGAGUUUGACUGGUGUGCGGUGUCCAGCAUCAGAGCUUUGAGACAGAUGGGCAAGAAGACCGUGGUGGUCAACCACAACCCUGAGACGGUCAGCACUGACUUUGACGAGUGUGACCGCCUUUACUUUGAGGAGUUGACCCUGGAGCGCAUCUUGGACAUCACCCAACAGGAGGGUUGCUCUGGCAGCAUUGUGUCAGUUGGAGGCCAGAUCCCCAACAACCUGGCUGUCCCGUUGCACCUCAGUGGGGUGAAGAUUCUGGGGACGAGCCCCCUGCAGAUCGACCGUGCUGAGGAACGCUCCGUCUUCUCCAGUAUACUAGAUGACCUCAAGGUGGCUCAAGCCCCAUGGAGGGCCCUCAGCUCCCUGGAAGACGCCUUUGCCUUCGCCAACCAAGUGGGCUAUCCCUGUCUGCUGCGCCCCUCCUAUGUUCUCAGCGGCUCUGCGAUGAACGUUGUGUACGGAGAAGAGGAGAUGAAACGCUUCUUGGGGGAGGCAACUCAGGUGUCCCAGGAGCAUCCAGUGGUCAUCACCAAGUUCAUUAGCGGUGCCAGGGAGGUAGAGGUGGAUGCUGUGGCAAAAGGUGGCAAGGUGCUGGUCCAUGCCAUAACUGAGCAUGUGGAAGAUGCGGGGGUACACUCAGGAGAUGCCACUCUAAUGCUACCAACCCAGACUAUUAGCCAGGGGGCACUAGAAAAGGUUAAGAUUUCCACCCGGAAAAUUGCGCAAGCAUUUGAAAUUUCGGGGCCCUUUAACACUCAAUUUCUGGUUAAAGGCAAUGAUGUUAUGGUGAUCGAGUGUAAUCUGCGGGCAUCACGCUCAUUCCCUUUUGUAUCAAAAACAAUCGGUGUGGACUUUAUCAAUGUGGCAACUAAAGUAAUGGUGGGAGAGCCUUUGGAUGAGGCCAGCCUGCCCUCGCUGGAGAGCCCCAUCAUCCCUGUAGACUACGUAGGCAUCAAGGCACCCAUGUUCUCCUGGCCACGGCUAAGGGAUGCAGACCCUGUGCUUCGCUGUGAGAUGGCCUCCACUGGAGAAGUAGCUUGUUUUGGACCAAACAUUUAUUCAGCAUUCCUGAAGGCUAUGCUCUCCACAGGCUUUAAGCUACCACAGAAGGGCAUCCUGAUUGGGAUUCAGCAUUCGUUCCGACCCAAUUUCCUGGCUACAGCCCAUCAGCUGAAAGAGGAAGGAUUCAAGCUCUAUGCUACUGAAGCCACUUCUGCUUGGCUGUGGGCCAAUGAUGUGCCUGCCACUCCAGUUGCCUGGCCCUCUGAUAAGGGAGGAGACACCAGUUUGCCUAGUAUUAAGAGACUCAUCAGCGAGGGUCUUAUUGACCUGGUGGUCAACCUGCCCAAUAACAACACUCGCCACCUGAAGGAUAACUUCCUCAUCCGUAGAAUGGCUGUCGACCACGGUGUUCCCCUCAUCACUAAUCAUCAGGUGGUGAAGCUGUUUGCAGAGGCUAUUCACCAUGCAGGUGACCUUGACACUACCAGCCUCUUCCACUACCGGCAGAAAGAAAAGCAACGAGUGGCUGACCAGCAGGGCUAAUGGAAGCUUCCUUCCAUUCCCUUUGGUUCCCUUUGUAAAACAGCAGCAUUAAUUGUGAGGAAAUGUUCAUAAUACGGUUUUCAAAAAUUCCUUCUGUUUUACCAUCCCAUGUUGUCAAGAUGUAGAGUUAUUUUAGUGCUAUGAAUUUCAAUCUGUCAGGAGUUUUCUAGCAAAACACAAUAAUAAAACAAUGUUGAUGCAUCAUAACAAUUUGGUACCACUGUUUAAUAAGGGGUUUGUAAGUUGUAACUAAUGGUUCUCUAGUUAAAUCUGUGGUUGGUGUUUAUCCUCCAGCAUGCUUGUAAAUGUUAAUAAGAAUGGGUUCUUAUAGUAAUUCAAGUCUGGCAUUGUAAAUAUUAGUAAGCUGUGAAUAAAAUGGAUCGUGGACCAGA